CUUCGCCGAUUGGCUGUCAUCAGUCACGUGUGAACGAUGGCUGCAUGAUGGCAGAAAAGGAAGUAUUGAGUAUCCAGUGAGAUGGGCAGCAGCUGCAAAUGUCCGCGUCACCCGUGACAAGCACCAAAAUAAGUGAGAGAUAAUCAAAGUCGUGCAUUAGGAAACAAUCGACCUUUACAAAGGUGGACACCAUUUGUUCAGUAACUGCCGUCUACACUAUACAUCGUUACAUACAGCAGCGUUAUAUAUGUAUAUAUAUACCUAUAUAUAAACUGUCUUUUCCAGCUUUUAUAAACAUCAUACAAGCCUGUGUACACACACAUAUACACACGACAUAAAUUUUUUGUAUACAUCGUACAAGCUUUUAUAUACACUACAUGGACUUCAGAAGCAUUACAUAAGCCUUUUUACACCACAGAGGCUGUAUAUACAUCUCACAAGCCUUUAUACACUCCAUACAGAUUUUAUUCGCAUACACACGUCUUAACAUAAUCACAGAUUUUAUUUUUCUUUCCACAUCACACAACCUAUAUAUACAACCAGGCUAUACAUAUAAUACCUAAUACUUAUAUAUAUAUAUAUAUAUAUAUAUAUGUAGUUAACUUACAUUGGACUUUAUAAUAAGCGCCCUCCACACCAGCUUUAUUAGUAUUUAUAUAUUAUUGAAAUUCUGAAUGCUUCCCUGAUGUUUAUUUCUUUUGACGGAUAAGUCGGAGUUUCUUUUCUUUUUUUUUUUUAAAGAUCUAGAGGAUCAGACUAGAAUUGGGAAUUAAAAAACAACAACAAUAAGAUCGUUUAAUAUCAACAUCAUUGCCAGCAACAGUAAAUAUUUCUUACUAGAUGAUGCUUUGCUGGAUUUCCAAGGAUCAUUUUCACUUUUGAGACAAACACUUAAGACAUACGGUUUAUUUGGCUGUGAAUUACUUGUGCGGAGAUAUGAGACAAGAUUCCUUUGGAUGUUUACGACUUCAGACUGAUCGCUUGGAAGCUCAAAACAAAACCCAACCUAUUUAAGUCUAUUACAAUCAACAAUGAAAGCUUCGUUUGAGACAUUUCUAUAGCUGCAAUUGUAUUUUAUAUUUACACACAGGCAGUUUUAUUGCUGUUUCAACUACAGACCAUUCUCUGGAUUAACCUUCUGUACUAGCUGGGCCUUACCAAGUAAUUUUUUACUCUUACAAAUCGAACGAAACCAAAGCAUCCUAGCCUAAUACUUUGGUUAUUGUUAUUUAAGAAAUAUAUAUUAAAAUAUAUAGGCAACCACCUCUAGUCUAUCUUGACCUCACUUGACCUACCUUCAACAGUUUUGUUGCCAUAAACAGGAUCUUUAACACGCACACUUACAUAUAGCCAUCCAUAUAUACAUACACACAGGCACACACACAUACAAAUUCCAAAGAGGCAACAUUGGUCUUAUAAGUAGAUCAACUCUGUAACUAACAUAUUGUAAUUUCAAGUAAAUUAUUUAUUUAUAUCUUGCCUAUAUAUGUGCACUUUUGCGCUUUGCUUUCCUAUUUGAAGUUUUAUUUUGUUUGGGUGUGCUAAAAUAAGUUUUUAAGCUCGUAACACCGAGUGUGUGUAUACAUUCAUACACAGAUUAUAUAUAUAUAUAUAUAUAUAUAUGAAAUACACACAUACUUAUACAUGCAAUGAGCGGCCAAGGGGAGUGAUAAAAUCGUUAUGAUCAAUGGGGGUUGGUCGUAUUCCGGUGGGCUAUUAUUACCCAGUUCUACCAAAUUACGGGGAGACCUCAUCGUUGUCGGGUGGAGCAAGCUGCUGCGCCCGACACCAGCGAGAUGUAGCGACAAGAAGACAAUUUGAACUCAGCAAAACGUCCACUACCUCUUCCUCUUUAUCAUCGUCGUCGUCGUCAUCCUCAUCAUUAUCAUCAUCAUCGUCAUCAUUAUCAUCGGAAUCAUUACCAACAUCAUCAUCACUAUCACAACCAACAUCUUGUAAUUGUUUUGGAUACCUUUUCUACUGCUCCAAUGUGCCGUCAUGGAGCGGUUAUGUAUGGCAGCAGAAACAGCAGCCGAAGCAGAACAGAACUGGCAUGCAAGCCACUACACAAAACCAGCAGACUGGUAUGUGGACUACAAUGUGUUCGACUGCUAUCAACAACACACUACUGCUGAGGAAACAUGCCAUUACUGUAGGACUUUUAGUUGUCUUACUGUUUGGGUUAGUCCAACCAUAUGCUGAAGCCAAAAUAGAUUGUGGAUCAAAGGAGGUCCUUCAAAAUAGAACUGGAAACAUAUCAUUUGCCAAAAUCUCCAGUGGUCCUCAAAAGAAAUUGUGCCAAUACAUUUGGUUUAUACGGGCACCCCAGAAUGGAAUAGUUACAAUAAAUUUAUUAUAUCUGAAUACCAGUUCCAGUAAAAAUGAGCCGUGUGAAAAUGCUUACCUAGAAUUCGACCCAUUACCACACAAGAGAUUCUGUGGUAAUGGAGCGAACACUUACAUAUCUCAAAGGGACCACGUGAUUGUACGAUAUGUUAUUAAUGGCACUUGGCGACCAGGAUAUGGCUUUGUACUGGAAUAUAUUACAGGCCAUGUUCCUGCACAUCGACCGUGUGCUAGAGAUGAAUUCCGUUGCCAGAAUGGGAAAUGUAUUUUAGGAAAAUGGCGGUGUAACAACAAAGAUGAAUGUGGUGAUGGUAGUGAUGAAAAAGGUUGCCGAGAGAUAAACACCACCCCACCACGGAUAUUGCUGUGUAAUCCCGAGUUAAGAUGUCGAUCUUGGAAAACCUUCAAAGUGAUAUGUCUUCAUCGAUCUCAAAUAUGCGAUGGUGUUCAUGAUUGCGUAGACAUGACUGAUGAGAAAAACUGUGCCAUGGGCUGUUACCCUGGUCACACACCUUGUGGUUUUGGAGAAAAUGCUUGUUAUUCACCACACCAACAGUGUGAUGGUGUGUGGAAUUGUAAGAAACAUGGUGGUGAUGAAAGAGGCUGUGAUGCUUGUUCUUUCAAUACAUUCUCUUGUGGCACAUCAACCAGUCUGUGUUACACUGAUGAAGAGAGGUGUGAUGGAGUCAGCCGAUGUUCCAAUGCUGCAGAUGAACUGAGAUGUACCCCAGACCGGUGUGGCUUCAAUGGUACAUUCCUGUGUAAGAACAGUCGCUGUAUCUAUGAGAACUGGAAAUGUGACUACACAGAUGAUUGUGGAGACAACAGUGAUGAGAUGAACUGUCCUGGCAGUUCCAACAGAGUGAUAUUGGUAGCUGUGGUUGGUUCUCUCACAUGUGCCCUGCUAUUGGUCAUUGCCCUUGGAUUUACCUGUAAGCUGAACUCUCUGCGACACCGUGACCGACACCGCCUGCGACUGACUGAACCCGGAGGCCCACUCACCCACUGGCAGUCGGAGUUUAUGCGACGCCCGGCACCUCCUUCCUAUUGUGAGGCGAUGAUUACGUCAAUGCCGUUUGAAGAAGCCCAGCGUAUUUUCCAGGAGCGCAGACGUCACUCGAGACGUAGCAACCGCAGUCGUCAUCGCUCAUCGAAUUCCAGUUCGCGAUCAAGAAGCUGUUUGACCGAGAGCAGCCAAACAACAGCCGAACUUGUGGAACAGAAUCCUGCAGUUGUCACGGCAACGGAGAGGCCCGCAACCGAGGAAGGCUGUGAUGGGUCAGAUGUUCCUCUAAUUACAGACGGCCAAGACGACACUGUAAAUAGCACAAACACUGACUUUGAUAGGCAAGGAUCAACUACCACCCUUCUUCUACCCAGUGAGUCGUCUGAUUCUGAGCAGUCGGAAACUCGAGACGAAGCACACCGGGUUGAACGAGCAAACCGACAAACUGAUGUGGAGAGUAAUGGUGGCAGAAACAACAACAACAGUGGUGGUGGCAGCAGUGGUGGUGGCAAUAACAGAGGUAGCAGUGGUGGAGGGCCAGGGAGAGAGGGGCGGAAUGGAGAUGUUGAGCGAGAACAGGUUCAGUUUAGUUCAGAGGACAUCACAGCUUGCUGGCGGCAUCCAUCUCCGGUGAAGAUCUGUGGCAGAAUCUCCAGUGAGCCUCUCCUAAACUUCACUGACUCUAACAAUAUAGAAAUGGCCAGCGCCAUCUGUGAUAACGACGUUACUGGCACCACUGAACUUGUCGAGCGACUCAGCAGUGAAAUUGUGAUGGGCAACGAUGAUGAUGACAAAAGGUCGGCAAUUUUGUCUCAAGUGGGCAGCACGUCCAGCGACUGUUGUCAUAGCAACCUGAAUGACAGCAAUGCAAUACACAUGCCCAGCCUCCACUUCAGAAUUGGCUCCUGUGACUCAUUGAAUUCCAGCCAAUCAGAGCAAGUUCCCAGCGAUUGUAUAAACACCAGUGAUAGUUUGACUGCAAUUUAACUGUGUCUGUCAGCACCUUCCGUUUUUGUUGAACCCCUCCCUUCCACUUGAGUACACUUGAGUAUAACAGAGGAGUUGAGUUCUUCUCUUGAGUCUCGCUUUUUUUCUCUAACUCUCAGCCAAAAAAAAAAACCAAAAAAACAUCCAAAAUAUUACUGUUUGCAAUAAUAAUAAUAAUAAUAAUAAUAAUAAU